AUGGCAGCGGUCGUGGUGGUGCUUGAGGCAGCGAGGUCGGGGGCGCGCGACGAGGUGGUGGUGACGACGGGCGACGACGCAGUCGUGGCGGCGCGGGGCUCCGGCGAUGUGGUCCUCCAGGCGGCGUCAGGGGCGAUGGGCGACGGCGUCAAGUCGCGGGGGGGAACGGGCGUGCGGGAGGAGUCGGAGAGGCGGGCGGUGGCUUCGGGCGGCGCGGCUGGGGCCGCGCAGGCGAGGAGGCGCCUGGCGCCGGCGCUGACGACGGGCGGCGUCGGGCUUGGUGAGGCGCCGGCGGGGGAUUGGUGGAGCGAGGCGGCGGCGAUGGCGUUCCGGCGACGGAGUGGUGGGGCGGGGCAGCCCGGCGACGGCGGGGCGGCGUCGGGCCCCGGCGUCAGGCUCGGGGGCAACGGGAUCGGGGCGGCGAUGCGUUGGGGCGCCCCUGAUCCAGAUCGCGCGGGGGGGGAAGGAGAGUGGGGAUCGUGGGGAAUGGGGGUUAGGGUUUCGGGUGUGAGGCCAUAUAGGCCAGGGGGUUAG